ACUCCCGAGCCAGCAACUUUUUGGGGGGUGAUGGUGGUGUGUACCGCGUUUCCCGCCUUCCGGCGGUAUGCUGGUAGAGAACGGAGAGUAUCCCCAAUCGAAGAAAGUACACACAAAAAAGCCGCGUGACCUCCGGGUCCCGGCUCAGUUGGCGCUACGCCGUUGAUCCGGAAGGAAACAUCUUGGCGAAAGUAACCGUCGCACACUUCAGCAACUUGUUCGUGAACUUGAACCGCGAAACAGGACAAGUCCUUUCUUCGACUUUGAUGCCGAUCCGAGAAGUGAUUAAUGUUAUGGAGAUUUUGCCCAGUGACGAAUAUAUCGGUGUGAUAUUUUGGUGAUGAAAAUGAAAUCACAAGAAAAGAGCAAGUGAACCGCGAAGAAAACAACACACUGAAUUAUGCAUGACUGUGUAGAAAAUGCUGUUAUUGGAGAACUUUUGGACGGAUUUCUGUGAAUAACCUCUUUACGAUCCCGAAGUCGACGAAUGAUUGACGUGAACCUGAAAGUUUUUUUUACAGCUGCAAACGUAUCGUGUCAGCCAUAGUGUGAUGCCAGCGACGAUUGAAAUCCUGCCAUCGACUCCGGGAAAGUGUAAGUGAUUCAUGGAAAAAGUGGGACACGUCGCGUCAUCCUGAUUCCCCGCGAGCAUCGGUCGGUGUGCCAGUGACAGUUUUUGUGCAUCCCCGUCCCCGCCCAGAAAGGGAGUGUGAACAUGCGGCGGAGCGGUAGUGCACUGUCGUCGCAGCGAAUGACAGUCCUUACGGCUGUCAGCACGCACAAUAUCCUCGGCAACCAUACGGUGUCGUACUACAACAGCUCCACCAAUUCGAGCAAUGUGCGCGGUUCGGGCCAUCACCACCAGGGACUGCAAACGUUGCGCUCUAAUAUGCACGGCAACGUCAACGUCAUGCUUGGCGGGGCAAUGUUAUCCGUGGUAAUAACUGUGCUAUGCUUCGUGUGCUACUGCUGCCAUCGGAACAUCAAGAAACGAUCAACUUCGAUGUAUCGCCAGCAAUGGUUGGAAAACGAAGCCAAUAUGGAGAUCUACAGCGUAGAACAGUGCUACGAUACUCCAUCGGGGUACGGCCCAUCACCCGUCGGAACCGAUGAUAUCAGCGGUUGCAGUGUCACCCGCUAUGGUAAUUACUUCACGGACAAUAUCCCAGGAAGCGAGUACCAACCACUACCUGCCAAUGCAGUCCAAAACCAGCAGCUAUCCCACCAGCACCCACACAAUUUUAAUGGGCCCCCACCCAGUUACGAUACCGUCCUGGCACAGGACGAACUGGCCGGUACCACCAAAAUUCGCCCCAAAAGUGCCGAUAUCAGUACGGUGUCAUCCGACGGAGAAUCGAACGCCCGCGGAUUGUCGGCGAAGCUGGAAAGCCUUCUGAAUGAUCCCGUCGGUAAUCAACGCCGCAAGCGAAACCGUUUCAUCGAACCAGACUUCACAGAUCUGGGCCGGAUGCUCAGCUUGCCCGGAUGUAGCGAAAUCGGUAAUUGCAGCUGCCCGUUGAGUGACAGUUUGCAAGUGUACUGUCGCAAGUGUGGCCAAUACGUGGACGGAGGGGUGAUGCAAAAUAAUAUGAACAACAAUCGCCCCGUCGGUUGUGGGUUCGCUGCGGAACAACCGGCUGAGGGGGAUUGCGGUGAUACCACGGACAGUACCAAUUGGACCGGAUCGUCCGCAAUUGGAUGUGACAAUCUGAUGGACUGCGACGGUGACAAUAAUGGCAACAGCAUCCAAAUCACCCACAGUGACAAUGGGAUUACUAACCGCAGCAUUAGCGGUUGCGAAUUGAAUGAGCUGCUAUUACAAGAUUUACAAUUUCAUUCACCCGGUGAUACUACGGCAGCAGCGUGCGCGACCGGUGAGUUCAACAACAACAACGACGAUCGGAUUUGCUGCACCAGUCACGAUGACGCCCGGCAUAAUGAGGAGAAUAAUAAUAAUCUCCCCUCGAGUGCAUCGCUGCAACCCAUCGGAACAAUACGGGCAGACGAACCGGCGGCAAUGGGGACAGCUGCCGUCGUUGGUGCUGGUGCUGCGGCAAGAGAUAGCGUUAACGAUAAUACUAAUAGCCCUAAUAGCAACGGUAAUCAAGAAUCCGCCCAAGCUACCGACGCUGUUGUUGUUGGGAUAGGUCCGCCAAACGGUGUCGAAUGCAAUAAACCGGCUGAUAACGGCGGGCGGGGGGUCCCCGGCAACAAUAACGGCGACGACGACGCCUGUCGGAAUCUCGCCGAAAAUGGUCUCGUUCGGUUGGAUAUGAGCCAGAUAAUCGAUCAAACUGGACUGCCGACAUAUGAAGCGGCACUGCGACUGGAGUCCAGUGGAUAUGUUUGAGGACGGUGGUGUCCGAGUGACUUGCAUUAUAUGAUUUAACGCAGGCAAUGAAGUGGAACCAUAAAUCACAUACGAUGGCCUUAGCGAAUUUUAGUCAAUGUAAUACGUAGCGAAUAGCGUUUAGGAAAUGUUGCAGUCGAAUGUAUGGCGAAAACAGGAGAAAUGAUUUUUUCACUGUAUGAUAAGAGUUAUUUCAAAUUUAGUAAAAUUUUAUUUUGUGAUAUAGCAUAAAAAUAUCGAUUUUGAACAUUUUAUUGUAGACGUGUUAGAUAUAUUCGAAAAGUGCUUAAUAGAAAGUUCGUAAUAUAUGAAGCAAGUUUCCACGUAAAAUUUUCCUAGUUUUCGACAGAAAAAUCUACUGAAUUCUUCUUAAUUGCUACAAACAAAUCCUUCGGAAUUUUGAAAUCUUUCUUGUUGAGUUUUCUAUAAAAAAAUAUUUAAAAUUUUCACGGGAAAUUCUUUGCAAUUGCAGGGCUGUUACAAACUGAGCAAAUUCCAUUCCACGAAUCCACGACUAACAAAAUAAUAUCCGCGACUGUAAAACAAAACCUCGACAAACAAAAAUAAUUACCUUAGUACUUAAAACACAUUUCAAUAAAAAACC